AUAGAAUUUUGGCUAAAAAAUUCCAAAAAAUUUACUAAAAGUUUGUAUUAAUCAUUUUGUUUACACAUUGCUUCAAAGGAUAUGGCUAGAAAGAUACCGUUUAAUGUGGUCUUCGCAUCUGAUGAAGAUCCAUCAUUUCCCGCCAGUGAACUCAAUUCACAUGGACCGACUGUGCAUGGUUGGCGCAGUGCAUCCAACAGUACAAUUAACCCACACGAUAUAAUAUUGCGGUUCCAUAGACCAACAAAAAUAUGUCGCAUACAAAUAUUAGCACAUCAGUAUUUAAUUCCUGAAAAAGUUGAAUUAUGGUUGCAUUACUCACCGAAAGGCAUACCGAGUACACCAUCUUCUCAGUGUUUUGAUUUUUUAGGGUUUGUUGCGCUGUCAGAUAAUUCAGCAACGAACUACAAAUCGCGAGAACUUCAAAGUGUUACCGUAAAUCCACGUAGAGGUACACAUUUAAAACUACGUUUAAGUACGGCCCAUUGUAAUACUUUUAAUACCAAUGGACAAAUUGCCUUAAUAGCUGUGAAUGUGCUGGGAGAAGAAUUGGAGAAAAAUUCUUCAAAUGAAUUGCAAAAUGAAGAACAAAAUGAAACUAAUUGUACCACAACAACUACAGACCAAUUGAUAACUGAAGGCGGUGCCGAACCUACAUUGGUAUCUAUAUGUGAUGAUCUUCUAUUUUCUAUGUAUGUUGAAGAGUCUGUUAGCGAUAUAAUACGUGAAAUGGAAGAGAAGAAAUCGAAAGCUGUUAACGAUGAGCGUUUUGAAUAUGCACGUAAACUAAAACUUUGUAUGACAUCAUUGCGGACCGCCGGCGAAAGACUGGGUCGCUAUUCAUUAGCAAAGCGGCAAGCCGUACAGCAGGAAGACUUUACUACAGCCAAGCUACGUAAGGAGCAAAUAGAAAUGUAUAAGUCUGCUGUUUUGAAAUAUUUACUUGUACAUGAUCUACUCGAGCCUAAUAACGAACCGAUUGCAACGAAUGACAUGGCCUCUGAAAUUUAUUCUUCGAAACCUGUAUUACCACCAGCACCAAGCUUACAAGAUGUAGCACAGGCAUUAGCGGAGGCACAUUUCGCUGCCACAAUGAGUCCUAAAAGCGCACAAGAUGAUAAGUCAUCAACAGAUGGUGGUAGUUCCGUUGGUGUUGUGGCUGGUAAUACUUCAUUGAGCACUAAUAAUAGCAUUGCCAACGAUAAUUUGGUAGCUCACUCUACCGCGAGUUUACGAAAAUCACAUGAUGAGAUACCAAUGUCGCCUAAACUGAAUACACGACGUAGUCCAAGUCGACAUAGCUCGCCGAUAUCAAGUCAUCAAGGCUCAUUAAGGCGUAGAAAUAAAAGUGCUCCACGAAAUUCUUAUGAAGACUAUGAGGAACGCGCUAUACCUACUCUUAGACAUUCACAUACUAAUGAAUUUUUAAGGGAAUGCCAAGGUACAGCCUUGCUGGAGGCCGAUCCCAAUCGUAGAGGGCGUUCGCAUUUGAGUGAUCGUGAACGUCGACAGGCUGCUUUACCUAUACUGGUGUUUGGAAACGAACUGGUUGAACAAUUUUAUUCUCGUCAAUUUCAAGAUCGUGAAGACGGUCUUAUACGUUUGCGUAACUUUUUGAAAGGACAUGAAACGGAGACUGCGACAAAUGCGAAUGGUGAUAAUGUGGCGGGUGCAAAUAAAGUUGCCCGCAGCUCUGCCUUACUAUUACAUCGUUCCGUACGUGAUGCUGUUUAUUCAGUAUUUAGUCAAGCCACAGAAACUGUGCGUAUGCUAUUCCUAGAGUAUGUGCCUGGACGCGUUUCUCAGAGUGAAGUUGCGCGCUGUGUGGAUCGUUUAUUACCCGAACUAUUAGCGAAAUCAGGCGAUCCAUCGGCACGUAUACACACACUGGCACAACACACAAUUUUGAGUAUAGCUGCCUGUCCGGAGGUUGCUGAGCAACAUUUAGUCGCACCAGCGCUAUCGCGUACGGUCGGUUCCGGUACACAUCCACGUCUGGCCUUAAGUCGUAUGCAAAUGUUGGAACAGUUAGUGUUGAGUCAAGGCAUCAGUACAGAUAAACAUAGUGGUUUGACAUGUCGUGCGCUAUCUGAAUGUGGUUGUUCAGGUAUUCAUCAUCCAGCGGAGCCGGUGCGUAAAGUAGCCGAAAGGAUUCUUUUGUUAGUUUACAAAGUGAAUCCACGACUUGUACGUAAACAGUUACCGCCGGAUGAUGAUAUAACGAGACGCAAUUUACUGUAUCGUCAAUUGUUUACUGAAUUUGAUAAAUUAGAUUUAGAACGUAAGAAAGAAAUGUUAGAGGCAAAUAAAUACUCUGGACACAGUUCCAGUGAUCCAACAUCUCCACCUUCGAAUCGUAGUAAUGAAGCGCGCACAGCAGCCGAACAACUACAAUUAGGUAGUGGUGCUAAUGUUGGCGACUGUGGUGGCUGUGACAGUCGUGGUAGCCCUUACGGCUUCAGAAAUAAGUCACCUGAUUCACAAUCGAGUCCAAUGCGAAGAUCUGAAACACGUAUACUUAAAAGUAAAAGUGGACAUUCAAUUGGUAGUGCUGGUGCAGUUGGCUCCAGUAACGGUUAUCCCAGUGGCAGCAGCAACAUAAAUACAUGCAAUGGCAAACAGCAAUACAACGAACAACUUAAAAGAUCGAUGAUAUCAACAAACAGUUCAAGAAAAAACUCAAAUUCUAAUUCAAACUCUGAGUCAUUGGAGGAGGCUCUUGACUUAAUACGCUGUCCGUUCUGUGAUUGGACUUGUCACAGUAAUGAUCAAUCGCAGUUAGAUAGACAUUAUUGGAAAACUUGUCCGUUCCUCACAAAAUGUCCUCAGUGCAGUCAAGUGCUUGAAGUUGCUGCUUUGAACUAUCAUUUAACAAAGGAGUGCGAAGCAAAGGAUAGUUAUGUCAUGUGUGAACGUUGUACGGAAUCAGUACACAAACAGCUUUAUGACUUACAUCAAAUGGAAGACUACUGCCGAGAGCUUAAAACUGGUGCAGCAAGAUGUCCACUGUGUCAUGAUGAUGUUCAUUUACCACUGGACGGUGGCUGGAAGCUACAUUUACUUAGUAAUGCUGGCUGUCCUGGUAAUACCAGACGCAGAUCGAGAAAAUCAAACUAAGCACAAAUGUUGCGUACGGAUAACGCAGGAAACUAAAUUUUUUCAAACAAAAUGUUUAAAAUUGAAGAAAAAAUACUACAAAAUUAAAAUUAAAAUUAAAAUUAUAGAAGCUCUUUAGGGACAUGUGCAAUUCUUAAGAUUUAAAUAUCUUAAACAAAAAAAAAU